AUGUCUGCCAACCGAAGUUGGAUGAAGGCGCACCGGCGCUCUGCAGAGUUUCGAAGUGGCGUUGACGAGUUCGUUGCGGUAGCAACGAACCACGUGAACGCUGACGGAUUAGCUCGAUGCCCAUGCAUGCGGUGUUUGAAUGUGAAUGUUCACACACCUGCAACUAUAAGGGUUCAUUUAUUUCUCAGCGGGAUCCAACCUUCGUACAACCCCUGGUAUUUCCACUGGGAGACUUUCUCUCAGCCCGCAGUUGAACUUCCUGAAAAUGACGAAGAGGAAAUGGCAGAUGUGUUGGCGGACAUGUUAAGAGGGGACCCUGGGUUUGACGAAUCUGCUAACACUACUAAUUCUUUCAAUGAACCCCCUAUCAACGACAACAACAAGUUCGAUGACUUGUUUAAGGAGAUGGAGGCUGAGUUAUAUUCAGGUUGCAAAAAAUCAGCCCUUAAUGCACUGGUAAAGCUUAUGCACUGCAAGGUUUUGAAUAGGUGGAGCAACCACUCUUUCGAUAUGUUGCUGUCCAUCUUGAUUGAUCUAUUUCCAGAGGGGACAAAAUUACCGAAGUCGCAUUAUGAGUCGAAGAUGCGAUUGCGCAAUCUAGGUUUUGGUUACGACUCAAUAGAUGUGUGCAAGUAUAAUUGUGCUAUUUUCUGGAAGGAGAAUGAGAAGAAGGAGUUUUGCCCUGUAUGUGGCGAAUCACGAUGGGUGAAAAGAAAGGGUAAGGGGAAAAAAGUUCCUCACAAAGUUAUGCGUUACUUCCCACUCACACCUAGGCUGAAACGAUUAUAUUGCUCAAGACACACUGCGGAGGAUAUGCGGUGGCAUUACUCGCAGAGACCAAAAGAAGACGGUGUGCUUAGGCAUCCUGCGGAUGCUGAAGAAUGGAAGCAGUUUGACCGCCUUCAUCCGUCUUUUGUUGUUGAACCUAGAAAUGUCAGACUGGGAUUGGCGACUGACGGUUUUAAUCCAUUUGGCAACAUGAGCAACUCUUACAGCCUGUGGCCAGUUAUUUGUGUCCCAUAUAAUUUGCCACCGUGGAAGUGUAUGAGUUACGAAUCGUUUUUGUUGACCUUAUUAAUUCCGGGUCCAUCAUCUCCCGGGAAAGACAUAGAUGUAUUCAUGAGACCGUUAAUUGAUGAACCGAAACGAUUGUGGGAGACGGUGUUGAAACCCGAGAUGCCUACAACUAACCGUGUUUUCAAUGCGUGCGGCGGUGUUGUGGACAAUAAAUGA